GAAGUUAUACUUAUUCGGAGCUAUGGAUAAAUUUAAUUUUGGUAACUCUGAUAUUUCCCGAGGACAAAUGAUUCAAAUGUUGUUACGCAUUUCAAUAGCCACCGUAAUAACUUAUUAUUCUGCAAAAUUUUUGAUGAACCAACUGGACCCCACAAACAAAACUAAAAAAAAGGCCAAACUAUUAGCGGAGGAGCAAUUAAGAAGACUUAACAGGGAAGAUGGUUUUAAAGUGUACCCGCAACAAUUUAAUGAAUAUGAGUUAAUGAUUGCUUCCCACCUCGUUGUACCUAGCGACAUAACUGUUAGUUGGAAUGAUAUAGCUGGGCUCGAUUCCGUUAUUCAGGAGCUACGUGAAUCAGUGGUUCUUCCUGUUCGACACAGAGAUAUAUUUAAAGGAUCUAAGCUUUGGCAGGCUCCUCGGGGUGUUCUACUUCAUGGACCGCCCGGUUGUGGUAAAACAUUAAUUGCCAAAGCCACCGCCAAAGAAGCCGGAAUGAGAUUUAUUAAUCUGGACGUCGCUAUUCUUACUGAUAAAUGGUACGGCGAAUCGCAGAAGCUAGCAUCGGCAGUUUUUUCAUUGGCCACAAAAAUAAGGCCAUGUAUAAUUUUUAUUGAUGAAAUCGAUUCAUUUUUGCGGGCCCGCAAUUCAAAUGACCACGAGGCGACAGCGAUGAUGAAAACACAGUUUAUGAUGUUGUGGGACGGAUUGAUAACCAAUUCAAACUCGUCAGUGAUAGUAAUGGGUGCUACAAACCGCCCUCAGGACUUAGAUAAGGCUAUUUUGCGACGCAUGCCUGCACAAUUUCUCAUUGGACUACCCACUGAAAUACAAAGAAAUGAAAUACUUAAGUUAAUAUUGGCGACAGAAGAAGUUGAUGUCAAUGUUGAUUAUAAUCGAUUGGCAAAGCUAACAAACGGAUUCUCUGGGUCAGAUCUACGUGAGAUGUGCCGCAACGCGUCGGUGUAUAGAAUGAGACAAUUCAUGCGAGCUAACGACAGAGGUAACAAAAUAAUUGACAGUUCAAAUGUUAACAGAACUUUAAUUGCUAUUACGAUGAACGAUUUGUUGAACUCACAUUCUAAAAUGAAGGAAUCUAAGAUACACACUGGUAGCCUCUUUUUAGAGAGUAGAAUUGAAUUGGACUAAAAAUUGUAUGUUAAAGACCAAUAUUAUAUUUCUUUGUAUUCAAAUACACAAUUUUUAAGAAGUAUAUAUCGAAA